UAAAAAGUGGAAUUCAGCAGACUGGUUCUCCAAGUUGUUCAUUUUUAUAUUCCAUUUAUGUGCAGUCCACCAUAAUUUUCCAACUCAGACCGUCACACUUGGAAUUUUGGAUUCCAAGAAGAGAUAGAGAGAUAUAGUAGAGAGGGGAUUUUGCUGCGCAGCUCUGAGUGCCAAGAAAUUUUCCUAUUCUCAACAGUUGGAGUGGAGAGCCUUUUUUUUGGCUUUCUGGGACCGCGAAAUCCUUCCCCGUCUCUCAAACUCAAGUGGGUCACUCUUUAAAGGUCCUACUCUAACCCACUUGCUUGCUUCCGGUGUCUCUAGCCUGCCUUCACCUGCCCCUUUAUUCAACCUUUCUUCCCUCUUUUCAAUGACCUCUGCGCCCUUCUCAGUGUGAAUUAAGAUCUAAUUUCCUGGGGUUUCCAUUCCUUACUCACAUUCCGAUUCCGUUAUCAGGCGGUAAUACUAUUCAGGCUUCGAUUGCGAUAUCGAUAUCAUCUCUAUGUGUAUGUUCUUUGAGAUUUAGUAUCUGUUUGUGUUUUCAAUUCAAGUUUGGAGUAUCUUGUUUGUUAAUCAAAACUAGGGAGUUAUCGUUCAAUACAAGCAUCUGGGUCAGUCGGUAAUUCUCGCUGCUUGACUUUGAACCUCUUGAAAUCGUUAUGGCUUCUGGGUUUGACAUGACGGCUUAACUCUGGGGCUUUUCGUUAAUGAUUUGAGCUUUCAACGACUUUUAGUGGUGACCCAGGGAUUGGAGUUUGAUGCUAAUUCUACGACAAUGGAGAGGCUUAUGGCCGGAUUUUUACUUUAGCAUUCGAUUCUCUGACUCGGUGAAGGUAAUAUGAAGAACCUCCUCAAGAAGUUCCACAUCAUGUCCAGUGGUCAGUCAGACGACGCAUCCGAAGGGUCUACUUCAUCGAGGGGCAGUAAAUUAAUUGAGGCUUCAUCGUCUGAUAAGCUGCUAUCUCGCUCCCGGCCGACCCAUUUUAGCUCUGAGCAUAAACCCUUAUCGGGGUUAUCCGGUUGGCUGAACUCUGUUACAAAUAGGCGUAGCCCCAGCCCUCCAUCAUCUUCGAAUCCCACUGCAGGGGAGAUAAUGGAGCCAUCGGAUUCAGUAUCUAGCAGAGAUGCUGCAUUGGAUACAUCUAGGCAUGAUUCAGGGUCGAGUAACUCGAGGGAUCCUGAUAUAGAGGAAGAGUAUCAGAUACAGCUUGCUUUGGAAAUGAGUGCUAGAGAGGAUCCUGAGGCGGCUCAGAUUGAGGCUGUGAAGCAGAUCAGUUUGGGGUCAUGUGAUCCUGAUAACACUCCAGCUGAAGUUAUUGCCUUCAGAUAUUGGAAUUACAAUUCUCUUAGCUAUGAUGACAAGAUCUUGGAUGGCUUUUAUGACCUAUAUGGCGUCUUCACCGAGUCCACCUCAGAGAAAAUGCCUUCCUUAGUUGAUUUGCAAGGAGCACCAAUGUCUGGCAGUGUCACUUGGGAAGCAGUUCUGAUCAACAAAGCUGCUGAUGCUAACUUAUUGAAACUUGAACAGACAGCAUUGGAGAUGGCCAUCAAGAUGGGGUCAGAAUCUCCAAUUUCUGUAAAUAGUUAUUUGGUGCGGAAGCUUGCUGUUUUAGUUUCAGAUCAUAUGGGGGGACCAGUGGGGGAUCCUGAAAAGAUGUUGAUAAAAUGGAGAAAUCUUAGUUACAGCUUGAAAGCAACCCUUGGCAGUAUGGUUUUGCCUCUUGGCUCCCUUACUGUAGGGUUGGCCCGUCAUCGUGCAUUGUUAUUCAAGCUUUUGGCAGAUGGCGUGGGCAUUCCUUGUCGGUUGGUAAAAGGACCACAGUACACGGGUUCUGAUGAUGUGGCAAUGAACUUCGUAAAGAUUGAUGAUGGAAGGGAGUACAUUGUCGAUUUAAUGGCAGAUCCUGGUGCACUUAUUCCAGCUGAUGUUGCUGGAUCGCAUGUAGAGUAUGAUGGAUCCCCUUUUUCAGCCAGUCCACUUUCUAGAGAUGUUGAUUCCUCUCAGGCAGCAUCUUCAAGCAGUGGGGUUGGCAGUUCAUUAGAGGAAAAUCCAUAUUUUGGGAUAUCGGAUAGGAAACCAAAGUCCGGGACUCUCAGUGCCACAAAGGAAUAUGAUCCUCCCAAUGUCAACAAGGGGCCGUCACGUGAUUUUGCUAGCAAACCAAAUUAUCCUGGCAUGCACAUUCGAUCACCUUCAUGGACCGAGGGUGUUAGCUCACCUGCCGUGCGCAGAAUGAAAGUAAAGGAUGUUUCACAAUACAUGAUUGAUGCUGCCAAAGAGAAUCCACGGUUGGCUCAGAAGCUUCAUGAUGUGUUGCUUGAAAGUGGUGUAGUUGCUCCCCCUAACUUGUUUACCGAGGCAUACCCCGACCAAAUAGAUGUUAUCGUUGAGUCUAAGUCACCAACGGAAGACAAGGAUCAAAGUAGGAAGGUGCCUGGUCUCUGUGAAAGUGUAGAUAAGAAAGAUCCUCGUCCAACUAACUUUUUGCCGCCCUUGCCUCAGCCCAGACAGCAUUCUAAAGCAAGCCCUACCCAUGGCCAACAACUGCACCAUAAACCUCUGGAACUAAACCUCUCUCUUGAUUCAAGAGAAUCAUCUGGACAACCUAUAGCCUUACCGUUUGAGGUAACUCCAGUGAAGUAUGGGAGAAAUGUGCCUGUCGCUGCUGCAGCAGCAGCUGCUGCAGCUGUUGUUGCAUCAUCAAUGGUGGUAGCUGCAGCAAAGAAUACCGAUGCAAAUCUCGAAAUUCCUGUAGCAGCUGCUGCCACAGCCACUGCUGCUGCAGUGGUUGCAACAACGGCGGCUGUCAACAAGCAAUAUGAGCAGGUUGAGGCCGAUGCUGCUCUUUAUGAGCAACGUGGAAGUGGAGAUAGGGAGCAUGAAGCAUGUGGAGAAAAUUCAGAGGGUGAACGAAUAUCAGAUAGAUCGGUAGGAAACGAAAGCACAAAAUCCGAUAUUACCCUUGAUGAUGUUGCAGAAUGUGAAAUCCCAUGGGAAGAAAUUUCCUUGGGCGAGCGUAUUGGACUUGGAUCAUAUGGGGAGGUCUACCGUGGAGAUUGGCAUGGAACUGAGGUAGCUGUGAAGAGAUUUCUAGACCAGGAUAUUUCUGGCGAAACUCUUGAAGAAUUCAAAAGUGAGGUUCGAAUUAUGAAAAGGCUUCGGCAUCCAAAUGUUGUUCUCUUCAUGGGAGCUGUGACUCGUGCUCCCCAUCUUUCAAUUGUUACCGAAUUUCUUCCCAGAGGUAGCUUGUACAGGUUGCUUCACCGUCCCAACAAUCAAUUAGACGAACGAAAGCGAAUGAGGAUGGCCCUUGAUGCAGCUCGGGGAAUGAAUUAUUUGCACAAUUGCACGCCUGUCGUUGUACACCGUGAUUUGAAGUCCCCAAAUCUACUUGUCGAUAAAAAUUGGGUCGUUAAGGUGUGUGAUUUUGGUUUAUCAAAAAUGAAGCAUAGCACAUUUCUUUCUUCAAGGUCAACAGCGGGAACCGCUGAGUGGAUGGCUCCAGAAGUGCUGAGAAAUGAACCUUCAGAUGAAAAGUGCGAUGUCUAUAGUUACGGAGUCAUACUUUGGGAGCUGUCUACGAUGCAACAACCGUGGGGAGGAAUGAACCCAAUGCAAGUUGUUGGCGCCGUUGGCUUUCAGCAUCGCCGUCUUGACAUCCCAGACAAUAUGGAUCCUGCCAUCGCCGACAUUAUUAGGAAAUGCUGGCAAACAGAUCCAAGGUUAAGACCUUCAUUUGCGGAGAUUAUGGCUGCGUUAAAGCCGCUGCAGAAGCCAAUGUCGAGUUCUCAAGUGCCGAGACCAAGUGGUCGUGAUAAGGCUCGAUUGUUGCAAGUUGCGGAAGACCCGUCAGGCUAGGCAAACCAAGUUGAGAAGCUUGUCUGGUUGAGAUUAAAGAAGGGCAGGGAAGCCUGAGGAAGGGAGAUUGCUUGAGAAUGAAGAGCAAAAGCUGUGAUGAAUUUGAGACUGUGAUUCUUUUCCAAUUUUCUGGUUUCUCAAUGUUAUCAGAGAUGGGACAUUGUCAGGAUGUGUAUUUGUUGUAAAAAAAGGAAAAAGAAAAAAAAAAAGAAGAAUCAAAAGGUUAGUUGAAAACAAUGUAAUUGAUGUGUUGGGUACAUUAUUACAGUUGCAGGUGGAUUGGAUUGUUUGAACAGAAGAUGAUAAACUGGGAAUGGAGAAACAAAGCAUUUUGUUAACCACUCAA